AUGUGGGCGUGGGUGUUUGUCCCUGUACCUUUCUGUCAUGCUGAAGUUCCAGAGACAUUCUCUGUGCUGGUUCCUGAUGGUCCAGUUUCAGCCAAGUUGGGAUCCUCUGUGGUUUUGCCCUGUAGUCUGUCUCCUUCCUUCAGUGCUGUGGAGUUGGAGGUGCGCUGGCACAGGCCCAAUGAAUUCAACACCCCAAUUUUAUUGUACAAGGAUCAGAAGAUCCAGGAGAGUCCUGUAGACCCUCAGUACAGGGACAGAGUGUCUCUGAUAGGGAGUCUGGAGGAGGGGAAUGUGUCUCUGAAACUGGAGAACAUCACACUGUCAGACAGAGGAGAUUAUGAGUGUUACGUCAGUAGUGGAACUUGGUACGACAGGGGGAGGGCAAUGCUCACAGUAAAUGUCCUGGGCUCUGUUCCAGUCCUCUCUUACACUGAAACAGGAGGAGGAUAUUUGAAUGUCACCUGUGUGUCAGAUGGAUGGUCACCACAGCCCACAGUAACCUGGAGAGACAGAGACGGGAAUGAGAUAAAAAAAAAUAGUAAUGUGAUGUAUGAGAAAGAUAGUGAUGAUCUGGUGAGUGUGAGUUCUUGGCUGCUCUUCUCUCCCUCUGAGUCAGAGUGGAUCUCCUGCUCUGUCAGUUUAUCUGAUCAGGAGGAGAGAGAGAGCAGAGUGAUGCCACUCAGAGAAGCAUGGAGAGCAUUUAUUGUCAUGCUGGUCAUCAGUCUGUUGGCCUUCAGUGUCUUAUUCAUCCUCUUCAUUUUAUACAAGAGGAAAGAGAAUCUCACAAUGGACACAUCUACAUGCCACAAAGCUCUGACAGUUAGAAACAAUGGAAAGGAAGUGAGUUUUGUAAAACCAUUAUUCCAGAAUAACAGUCCUUCAGAGCUCAUGGUUGAUGUUCUGUGUGAAGAGAAGUUUGAGUCAGGCUGUCACUACUGGGAGGUGAUUGUGUUAGACAGACAGAAAGCUGUUCCACUGAAUCUGUCCUGUGCUAUGGAGCUGGAGGUGCGCUGGCACAGGCGCAAGACGUUCAACACCCCAAUUCUGAUACACAAUGAGCCAGAACUACAAGAAAUCUCUUUAGACCCUGAGUAUAGAGGCAGAGUGUCUCUGAUAGAGAGUCUGGAGGAGGGAAUGUGUCUCUGA